AUGGCAGCUUCGUACAAGCCUAGAAAAGGAGACAAGUCGGGCGCAACCUCCGACUCGCAAUCGCAGAGCACCUUGAUCAGGAGAUGGGGCAUCAGAGCAGUCUUACUGGCUCUGAUCGUAGGAUUGUAUCAGUGGGCUAAUACUAUCAAUGACCGGUUUUACAUCCUCACUCCUGCUGAGCUCAACGAGACAGUUCAACAUUCACUCAAACUCGCUGCAGAUCUCAACACCGACCCAAAGACAAAUGCUUCCCUCAUCAUCUCCACCCUCGUGAAUCAACUGGCUGAUAGACACCCAGAGAUGAGCUGGGCCACCGACAUUGGGAACAAGAGGGACUGGGUGUUCAACAAUGCAGGUGGGGCGAUGGGUAGUAUGUACAUCUUACAUGCUAGUAUAACAGAAUACGUUAUCAUCUUCGGUAGUGCAGUAGGAACAGAAGGCCACUCUGGUCGACACACCGCAGAUGAUUAUUUCCACAUCCUCACUGGUCAACAAUCUGCCUAUGAAGCUGGGGACCUUACUAGAGAAAUCUACAACCCUGGAGAUGUACAUCACAUGAAACGAGGUGUUGUCAAGCAGUAUGCUGCUGCUCCUGAGACUUGGGCUUUGGAAUAUGCAAGAGGUUGGAUCCCACUCAUGCUCCCCUUCGGUUUCGCCGAUACCUUCUUCUCCACCCUCGACCUCAUCACUCUCUAUCACACUGUCCGAGUCACCGGUAAGGAGAUGAUCAAGAACUUGCUUAUAGGCAAAAUAUAG